GAGAAGUAGGAGCGAGUUAGUGAGAGGCGCGCUAAGCACAGUGGUUUACUUUACUAAAAUAGGACUUCGCCGCUUCCUUGAGUUUGAACUCGGAGGCCAGAACUGCCCGGUAGCUGGAGAGCGGUCGAGGUGGGAGAAGAGCUCAGAGCCCGAGUCUGGGUACCUGGUUCUUGUGGCAGUUGUGCCGUUAACAGAAUUGUAAUUUUGGACACGUCACCUUUCCUGAGUUUCAGUCUUCUCGUCUAAAUUUCUAUUUUUUACUAAUUACAGGACCUCCUCACAAGUGGUGACUGAAGGGAGGACCAAUAUGGGAAUUACCACCACCUGUAGCAUUUAUUUGAGCAGUUGCUGUGUGUCAGGCACUGUGUACAGCACUUCAUGUAGAUUAUCUCAUUUAAUUCUCUAAACUGCCCUCUAAGAUGACAUAAAAAAUGAUGAAAUUGAGGCUCAGUGAAAUCAAAUAACUUGUCCAUGGUCAUAUUGCUAAUACAUGGAGUUAGAAGUUUGAAUCUAAAUGCUGCCUUUAUUAAUUGUGCUAUUAACCACUUAUAUAUGUCUUCCUCUGUUGUGCUCUCAAGUUCUCCACUACACUAGAUUUAGUAAGCAAUAUCCAGAACUGAAAGCCGUCUUUUGAAAAAAGAUAAGAAAGUUAUGAAAAAUCUAGUUGCUGGAGGAGAACCGCUCACAACCAGUUAGAGAUUUGGACUCUGCAAUUUUGCUAGAGUUGAAUGCUUCUGAUGUGCUCUUAAAAUUGCAUUUUGCUCUGCCUAGACCAAUCUUUCUUUUUACCCUUUUUGCGCUCCGUUGGUAGCAGAGGUUAAGUAGGGCAAUGAUACUGGAGAAUGGGCUGACUUACUGUGGUAAAUGUAGCUUGAAAAAAGAACAGCCGGCCUGCUAACAACUCUUGAAAAUCUGUGACCCUCUCUAGCUUUAUCUCAUUAAAAAGGGUGACUUCACAUAGGUAAUAUGGUAUUCUUUGCUUUGACAGGACAUUCUCAUCCUUUAAGGAUUCAAUGACUUCCUGACUAGGAGGAUGUGGACCUAGUGGCUACAUCCAAGAAUGAAGCAGGAGGUUUUGUGGAGGGCCCAGGAAGAUAGGAGGACCAAAUUGGGAUUCCAGAAAUAAGAUCAGGAAGAGAAUGUCUGUGGUGCACCAGCUGUCACCAGGAUGGUUACUGGAUCAUCUUUCUUUCAUUAACAAGAUAAACUAUCAACUUCACCAACAACAUGAAGCAUGUUGCAGUAAAAAUGAGUCCACUUCUGUCUGCUUUAAUUCUCUUCAAAUGGAUUCUAUGUCCUCUUUUGGAGCCCCUGCUACAUUUGUUGCUUCUGACUCUACCACUAAGCCAGACAGUGAUCAUGGAGGAAAUUGUGAAAUGUUCAUACAAAAAUAUGUUUUUCGAUCUGAACUAUUUGAUGUCACCAAACCUUAUAUAACUUCAGCUAUUCACAAAGAAUGUCAACAAAAGAAUGAAAAGGAAGAUCUGAUGAAUGAUGUUAAAAAAGAAAACUUCAUUUCUAUUAUUGGAAAGAAGCGUAAAAGAUGUGUUGUUUUCAAUCAAGGUGAAUUGGAUGCUAUGGAAUACCAUACAAAGAUCAGGGGGAUCAUUUUGGAUGGUUCUUCACAGUUAAUCCAAGAAGGUCUUAAAAGUGGCUUUCUUCAUCCACUUCCUGAAAAACAGGACAAGUGUAGUGAGCGCAUUACUUUACCACUUGAUACUUGCAAUUUGUCAGAAUUAUGUGAAAUGGCAAAGCAUUUGCCCUCCCUGAAGGAAAUAGAACUUCAGACGUUGCAAUUGAUGGAAGAUGAUAUGGUUACAGAGCAGGAUUUAUUUUCACGAGUUGUUGAAAACAACUCUAGCUUUACAAAAAUGAUUACUUUAAUGGGACAGAAAUACCUGCUGCCACCAAAAAGCAGUUUUCUUUGGUCUGACAUUUCUUAUAUGCACCCACUUCUGAACUGUAGGAAAACAUAUGAUGUAAUUGUGAUAGAUCCACCAUGGCCGAACAAAUCAGUUAAAAGAAGUAACAGGUACAGUUAUUUAUCACCCUUGCAAAUAAAGCAACUACCUGUCCCUAAACUGGCUGCUCCAAACUGUCUUGUUGUGACUUGGGUGACCAAUAGACAGAAGCACCUCCGUUUUGUAAAGGAAGAACUUUAUCCUUCUUGGUCUGUGGAGAUAGUUGCUGAAUGGCACUGGGUAAAAAUCACCACUUCAGGAGAGUUUGUAUUCCCAUUAGAUUCUCCACACAAAAAGCCUUAUGAAGGUCUUAUACUGGGGAGAGUUCGAGAAGAAACUGCUUUACCGUUAAGGAAUGCAGAUGUAAGAGUGCUCCCCAUUCCAGAUCACAAGUUAAUUGUCAGUGUGCCCUGUACUCUUCACUCACAUAAGCCACCACUUGCUGAGGUUCUAAAAGACUAUAUCAAGCCAGAUGGGGAAUGUUUGGAAUUGUUUGCUCGAAAUUUACAGCCAGGUUGGACUAGUUGGGGCAAUGAAGUUCUCAAAUUUCAACAUGUGGAUUAUUUUAUUGCAGUGGAGUCUAGAAGCUGACUAUGAUCUUAAAGUUAUGACUUUAUUCAGUUUUUCCUCACCCCUUCUCCCUUCGUUCUAACUGAUUUUUCCUUUUAUGACCAUCAAGUAUACUUACAAAUGUAAACAGGAUUUGGUUUUUCUGCAAAAUGACCAGAAGUGACUAGCCUUCAUGUAAUUUUGAGAUGAAUUUUACUUCAGUUGCACUAGUAUUCCACAUUAUUCUAGAUUCACCACAAAUAAAGAGGUCAGCAGUUAGAAAGAUGGUAAGACUUUGUUGUUGAAAAAGUUCACAAAGCAUGCACUGUGGACCAGAGGUCAUGAUUCUGCCUAUGGAUGUGUUUUGUUUGGCCCAUACAGUGUUGUAAAAAAAUUUGAACCAUCAUUCUAAAAAAUCAGGAAUUUCAUGUAAAAGUCCAGAUUUCUGCUCCUCUUUAAACAUCAGAUGCUCUGGCUACACUGUGGCUGGUGUUCUUUCCUGGCGUCAAUCCGCAGGACCCGGUGGUGGCAGCUCACUUGGGAAAGACUGUGUACUCUCCAGUUUACCACAGUACCGCUUGCUCCAUGCUGCUCACUUAUGUCGUCUACUUGGCCCCUGUACAACCUGAAUUUACAGCCUCUGGUGUACUGUUACAUUCUAGAAAAAGUAUUCAGAGACUUGCCAUCUACUGCAUCAUUGUACUGAGUCUAUGAAACAUUUUUGGAGGGUUUUAAAUUGCAUUCAAGGUCACUUUCAAGUACUUCUUAGUUUUGGUUGUUUUUCUAGAAGAAAAUUAAAAAUACUUCUUAUAAAAAUAUCAGAAAGUAAACACUGUUUAUGAUUAUGAAAGAACUAUUUAUAUUAUUUACAGAUUUUCUACAAAUAAAUAUUUGUUUACUAA